AUGAAAGCCAUCACACUUUGCCUUUUGGUGCUGGUUUCAGCCGCUUGUCUGCUGACCACUCAGGCCAGUUCCCUAAGAUCAAGUGAAGAAACCAUCGACUAUGAGUUUGAUCUUGAAUCUGAAUUGGAGCAACUUCUAGAUGAGUUGGAUAAAGACAAUGACUACAUGGAUAUAGAGGCUCAGGGCUUUAUUAAAUCUUGCCGAAAGAUCCUUCGCAAGGCUUUGAAGACAGUUCGCGGGACAAAUUGCAUUAUCAAGGAGGUGGUUAACAUUCUGAGUUCCUGCACCAGCUAUGUAGAUGACAUCGAUGCAUGUGGCGUUGCAAUUCCCAAGGAUGUGGCCAAGAUUGUGGACUCCGUGAAGCAGAUCAUCAGCAUCUGCAAUGACAUUAUCCACCUGCAGUCGAAACUUUGUGCCAAGGAUGAAUCCUCAUCGGAUGGUUCGAUUAUUAAGAACACUUCGAAAUGCUUUUGGAAGUUAUUCAAGGCCACCAUGAAGUUGACCAGAAGGAUUAAUGAGGCCCUGAAACUGAUCGCUAAGCUGCCCUCUGAUACCAGUUCCUGUUUUGUUGAUGCCACCAAGAAUGUCAGCGCAUCUUUCAACGCAUUUUUGCCCAACAUUGAUGUCUGCAUUGAGUCGAUGUAAAGUUUGGAAACAAAAAAUAAUAUUUGUUAGCAGAUAAAUACAUUUUGAAAGCAUUCCAAA